CCUCUCUCGGCUUCGCUGCCCUUCCGCGUCCUCCGGGCUGCCUUUCUCGAGCUCCUGGGCAUGGGCUGAGCGCCAAAGCCGGCCCGUUCCGGCUUCGGGAGGCUGGAGACCAGCUGAGCGAGACCCGGGCAAGCUCUGGCCCCGGCUGGCUUGCCUUGCCGGGUCCCAACGCAGCGGGGCAGGUGCAGCCUCCUGUCAGGCACCCAAACUGCCAGCUGAUCCGCGGCGGCAGCAGCAGCUUCCUGCUAAAGAAGAGGGAAAAGUUGGCGAGUCCUCCUUUGCAACAAACCCCGAUUUGGUGGCUCGGCUUGGACAAGCAGCUGUCCUCCUUUCCUGCCUGCUUUCUAUCCAGAGGUGCCCAAGCCAGCUGGCCGGCUCCGGAUCUCCCCCCACCCCCCCCGGGGCUUGUGGGAAUCUUCUAGCAUCCUGGCCAGAGAGGAGUUCUGAUCUAGAACAUGGCUUGUUCCUGGUGGCCUCCAGCCUUCCCCCAAAAGAGAAUUUGAGUCCUCGAUUCCGGCACCUUCACAUGAACCAUGGAGGUGAUGGACGUCCCGGUGGGAAACCUCAUUGACUUCGACUCUGAACUGUCUACCACGGACACCUCUGAAUCGGUCCCCACCGGCCCCUCGACCGCCAACGGCCACGCAGGGCUGGAUCGCCGCGAGGCGGGCCCUGCGGCCGAGGAGAGCGAUGCCACCGAGUCAGCCGACAGCGAGAACGACACGACCGACUCGCCCACCCACCCGAGCUGGAAUAACCACCGGCGCUCUUCCUCGGAGUCCUACUCGUCCAACCAGAGCACGGAGUCCACUCGGGGGGAAGCGCUGGCCGAACAGCGGGAAUUUGUGCGCCAAUACGUGGAGAAGAUCUUCACCGGUGGAGAGGAGUUUGACCAAGAGGAGCAAGCCAGAUUCGGGGAGCUGUGCAGUGGCGAGAACACGAAAGGCAGAGAGUGGUUCGCCAGAUACGUCAGCGCCCAGCGCUGCAAUUCCAAGUGUGUUUCUGAGCAGACUUUCUAUCGCCUGGUGCAGUCCUUUGCUGUUGUGCUGUUUGAAUGCUACCAGAUGGAUGACUUCAGCCCUGCCAAAAACCUGAUGACCAUGUGCUUUACUUACUACUACAUCGGGAAGCCCCAAACUCUCCCCCCAGAGUGCAAGGAGAAAGCCGCGGGAAGCAUUGAUUCCUACCUGAAAUCCGCCAACAGCUGGCUGGCCGAGAAGAAGGACAUUGCGGAACGGCUGCUGAAAAACACCUCGGCCAAGACGGAGAACAUGAAAGGGUUUUUCGGGAGCUUUGAAAGCAAACUGAGGGGUCCCAGCGGGACCAGGAAGAGCGAGGAUGGCGAAGAGAAGCCCAGGGAGAGAAUGCAGAAAUCAGUUUCCCUCUACAGUCCCGAGGAGGAGGAAGAAAGAAACGGGGAGAAGAUCUACCUGUACAUGCACCUCAAGCAACAGCCCAUCUGGCACACUCUGAGGUUCUGGAACGCGGCUUUCUUUGAUGCCGUCCACUGCGAGAGGCGGAAACGGUCUCCCACCACCAGGGAGAAGUGGUGCCACAUGACCCAAGAAGAACGGAACGAUAGCCUCCGUUUUAAUGAGAAUAUCACCUUUGGACAGUUGGGGCUCCCCAAUGCAGUGUGUCAUUUGCCUUGCACUUUCUCAGAAGGUCUAUGCUGGCCUUCUACUUCUUUCUGGACUUCUGAAGGUCUAGACUUGUCUUCUGGGAAUCCCAAUAAUGGGAAUUGGACGUAUCUGGAGAAGCUUCUUCUGGAUCACCAGAAAUGAGCAGCAAAUGGCUUGAAUCACCUCUUCUAAUAAAAGUCAAAUCAGCCAUAUCU